GUUAAUCAGAAUUAAUGUUUUCAUCAGUUCAUUUUCUUCUAUAUAGCCCCACUCGAGGCGCCUUAAUAAUAAACAAUAAUAGCAGUAGUUUAAAAUGUAAAUUUUACGCAAAUUUUCUCGACUGUAUUUUUAUAGUUUGAGAUCUUUUAGUUCUUUUCAUUCAUCUAACAGUGAAAAAUCAAAAAUUUAAAAAAUUUUAUUAUAUUAGUUAAAGAAGACACAUUAUCAUAUGCAAAAAAAUGGAUUCUGAAAUAAUUACAAGUUUGAUUUUGUUAAUUUGUCUUGUUCUUUUUAUAUAUUUUUAUUACUUUGUCUAUAAUAAUACUCCAAAUGAUACAACUAUGAAGAUUGUUGAUGAUGAACAAAUUUUAAGAUUUAAACAAGCUUUUAAAAAACAAAAUGGGUCAUUGAAGGAUGAUUAUCAAAGAAUUAACGAAUACAAAUUUAAUCAAAGUGAAACAUUAUUUGAUGCUGGUGCUAAAAGUUGGAGCGAUGAUGAUAUUAAAAUUCGGGAUUUGAUUCAAUUUGGAUUUAGAUUGUUAAAUAAGUAUGCAGAAGAUAAUACAUUGGAGCAGUGUUUGAAAAUAUCCACAGACAUUGUAUUACGAGUUGCUCGUAUAGUUAAUAGAUUAUUAGAAAUAAAUGUUGUUCAUGCAAAUAAAAAUAAACCGAAAGGUACGAAAGGCAAAGGAAAAAAUGAAGGAAAAAAAGAAGAUGAUGUUGAUGGUAUUGAAAAUAGAAUGAAUCGAAGAGAUACUAAUUCAGAGCCUGCUGACAAAAAAAUAAAUCGUCAUACAUUUUCUGUAUAUAUACCAAGAUUGAUGGUAAUGUACGAGUAUAUUGGUAAUGAUGAUUGUAUUAAGAGAUACGUGUGCCAUCCAAUAAUUACAAAACUGAUUCAUGCAUUAAACAAAUCACUAGACAAAACUGAAAGUGGUUCAAACAUGGUACAGUUUGCUCUUCCUCGUCUAUUGAGUAAUUAUUUAUUUGACCGAGAAACAUAUAUAAACGAAAGAAAUAGCCCUCUAUUUGAAGAACUAUGUACAUAUUAUAACAUAAAAUACAAUUUAUCUGCUGACGGACCGAAAAAUGGUGUUUACGAAGACGGUUCAUGUUUAUAUCAUAAUAGUGUAGCACGAUAUUCUAAUUUAUUUGUUUUACGAGGUUUUUAUGAGGAUAUAUUUGCUUGUUUUGGAAUUGAUUACAAUUUUCAUGACAUUGUAGAGCCAAUAAUUGAUAAAUUGUUUCACCCUAAUAUUGGAUAUGUAACAUUUGGUUUAUACGGUGAUAGUGGUGAAAGAACCAUGGAUAUGAAAGGAAAGCUUGGCAUUGCAAUAAUGCCGUACAUAGGUCUUGGUUUAUUCAAAAAUGAAAAUUUUAUAUUUUCAUUACGUAUUCAAAGACCUGGUAUUGCUGCUUACUUCAAACCCUCAAAAGAUAGUCAGGAUACAUUUGCUCUUGGUUGGAUACAAUUGAGAAAAAUAUAUCUUAAAGGUAUGAUGUAUCCUCGACCAUUGACAUGGGAUUUAUUAACAAAAGAGCCAGGUAUUAUUUUAUUUGAAAAUCAGAAUACAUAUGUUAAAUUGACACCAACAAAAGAUAAAUCGAAUAUUUACACAGAAAUGAUUAACUCGUUCAUUGGUCGUGUACCAAAUGAAGAUGUCAUGUUUUGGAUGAAUGAAUAUCAACUUUCUGAAUAUUAUGACGAUAUAAUCAUUACUGAAAUGGGAGUUGCUACUAACAAUGGUGUAGAGAUAUUUUACUGUACAAAUAAAGAUAAUUCAGAAAGCAAAAAAUUAAUGCUUCGAGUCAAAGAUCACGAUAAUCCUAUUUUACAUUGUGAACCAAUAAGCAGUAAUGGAUUAGCACAACUUACUAGAGAAGGAUUGACUUUAAAGAUGGUUUUCGAUAAAACUGAUACUGUAGAAAUAAAGCGAAAUGAAACUACCAAAAAUAUGGAAUUUAAAUAUAAUUCUAAUAAAUACAUCAUUAAAGUUUUGACACCGAAUGUUAAUUACGUUGUUUAUGUCUAUCAUGAAGAUAAAUUGAUUAAAAUGUUUGGAGGUAGUUCUAAGAGUGAAUUAAGUGAUACUAUGGAAAUAUUUUCAGAUACACCAGAGAAAAAAUUACUAGUUAGAUCACGAGUUACAUACAUGUAUGAUUAAUGAAAAAAUAAUACAUUGAUAUUAUUUUCAAAAAUUUA